AUGGGUUCCCUUGCUAGCAUGGACAAUUUGGUUUUAAGAAAUAAUAGUUUGAGUGGACAACUUCCUUCCUCUUUGAAGAAUUUCUCAAACAAGUUGGCUUUGUUGGAUCUUGGAGAAAAUAAGUUUCAUGGUCCAUUACCUUCAUGGAUUGGAGAUAGCUUACAAAAUUUAGAAAUCUUAAGCCUUCGAUCCAAUAACUUCUAUGGAAGUUUACCUUCAAAUCUCUGUUACUUGACAAAACUUCAAGUCUUGGAUUUGUCACUGAACAACAUAUCAGGAAGAAUCCCAACUUGCAAAAUUCCUUCCAGUCUAGCUCAUAUUGAUCGUCUUACUAUGUUAAAUUUUUCAAACAAUGAGCUCUAUGGAGAAAUUCCAAUUGGAACGCAGCUGCAGACAUUCAACGCUUCAAGUUUUGAAGGAAAUUCUAAUCUCUGUGGAGAACCCCUUGAUAGAAAAUGCCCAGAAGAAGAGCCAGAAAAACCACAACUGCCAACAACUGAUGCAGUGAAUGUACCUAACAGGAUCUCUUAUAGAAUAAUGUAG